AGUGCGGACAUCAGUAAAAGUAUAAACAUGUAAACACAACAGUGUAUGAACAGUGUACAGAUUACCAUUGAAUUGCACUGAUAGAAAUAAGUAUUACACAGUUAAAUGACUUAAACCUGAGUUAAACCUGAUAUGGAGCAAUGGGUCUGAAAUAAAACCAAAUACAUUUAUUAUUGUAGACACUAAAGUAGGCUGAGUUGGGAUGGUUUGAUAAUCCAGCAUUUUUAGGGUGUACAAAACAGAGAAAAUGAUCUUCUCUGUUCAGUUUAGGCCUUUUUCUCUGCUGUUCUCCCAUGGUUCCCUCUCCUUCCUGAUAAUAAUACCUUUAUUUAUAAAGCACUUUUUGAAACAAAUACAAGGCAUGUUGUUGUAUAUUGUGGAUUCUUCCUCAGUGUGUAAGAUUUUUCUUUUGUCUGUUUGUUCUUUGUUUGUCUUUUUAACGCCAACCUGCCUGGGACUGAACAUUUAAUCCAAGAGACUAACUCCUGUACAUUUACAUGAACCAUUGUUCUCAUAUUCACUCAUGUACACUGUCCAUUUUAAAUACAUACAAGACAAGAAGCAAAUUGAACCAUUUAAAGUCGUAAAGACUUCAGGUGAUUUGAUAUAAAGUCAUUUUAAAGUGAAUGCAAAAGGAAACCAGGCGUUUUAUUUUGAAAAGCGGAAGUGUCUGGAGGAGAAAUCCGGAGAUCACCGGGAGACUUCGGCUCCGCUCGGGGAAUCAUCGCCGGACCGUGUGGUGGAGAAGUGUCCGUUAAUUCUACCGUUUUCUGGGGAGCGGCUGAAUGAUUGAGCUACAAUCUUCAAUGAGUAAACACACUCCACAGUUCUGUGGUGUUCUGGGUCACACAUUUAUGGAGUUUCUGAAGGGCAGUGGGGACUACUGCCAGGCUCAGCACGCUGCCUAUGCAGACGAGUGAACAGCCAAACUCGCCAUCGAUCCGAAGCACUUGAGCCACAGGAGGGACCCCGGAACGUUGGCAGGACCGGGACGCCUCCCAGAACCAGCGACAACUCGGCCUGGAUGGGGUAACUCCACCCGCUGCACACUGCCCUCGUCGGCCAGAAUCAAGGUGGAACCAGCCUUGUUUUUUUAUUUUUCUUCCUUUUCUUUAGUUUUAUUCCAAAGAAGAGGGUUUUGAGUUACUUUUCUGAUUGUCCACCCUUUUUUCGGCCGCCAAUUCCCCAAAUCUGCCCGUCGCAGCCUUCGUUAGUUACGUUUUCUUUUUUUCAAGCUUUGCCAACCUCGAAGACGACCAGAGGUAUUUUUUGUUUCUGGAAGCUCGUUGGACAUCUUGCGUUUUGACAUUCCCUCCGAGUUCAACUAAGUGUUUACAUUGGUGUUUUCACUCCGUGGAAGACGUUUGGGUUUCGUCAUUUUUGUUUUUCUUUAACGUUGUCACAAUGGCUCGCAUGAACAGACCUGCCCCUGUGGAGAUCACGUACAAAAACAUGAGGUUCCUCAUCACCCACAAUCCCACCAAUGCCACCCUGAACAAGUUCAUCGAGGAGCUGAAGAAAUAUGGAGUCACCACUGUAGUGAGAGUUUGUGAGGCCACCUAUGAUGCCACCCUGGUGGUGAAAGAGGGAAUCCAGGUUCUGGAUUGGCCGUUCGAUGAUGGAGCUCCUCCCUCCAACCAGAUCGUGGACGAUUGGCUGAACCUGCUGAAGCUGAAGUUCAGGGAGGAGCCCGGCUGCUGCAUUGCUGUCCACUGUGUGGCAGGACUGGGGAGAGCUCCUGUCCUGGUCGCACUCGCCUUGAUUGAAUGUGGGAUGAAAUAUGAAGAUGCUGUCCAGUUCAUUCGACAGAAGCGUCGAGGAGCGUUCAACAGCAAGCAGCUGUUCUACCUGGAGAAAUAUCGUCCAAAGAUGCGCCUGCGCUUCAAAGAUUCCAACGGCCAUCGCAAUAACUGCUGCAUCCAGUAGAGCCAAACCCUGAGCCACUCCAACACCGCCCACCACCACCCUGCGGAAGAGUUCAGUUCAACCUUGCUAGCUUCUAUUCUGGCGGGCUUGUUUUUUCUUAGUCAUUGUGUUGAAGUCAUUUGAUUUGGAAAACCAUGUGCGGUAGUUAAACCCCCCCCCGCCCCGCCCCGCCCCGCCCCGCCCCCCUUCAGGCUCCAAACAAGUGUCAUAAAAAGACGAAUCCAGAGUUGUGUGAACCGAAUGUUUCCUGUUCUAAUGCCCAUUAAAACAAAAUCAAAAAAAGGAAGGGCAGCGCUGAGUCGUGUAUCUUUGUAAAAUGUUGGAUUCAUUGUUUCUUCUGCAAACGCAACUCAAAGAUUUAGAUCGGCCGGUGCGUCUACGUUGCCUGAGAAUGUGCGAAAAGAAAAAAAAAAAAAAAAGAUAAAGAUUUAUUUCAUGUGAGCAGUUCUGUCCCCCCCACUUCAGUUUCAGGAUUCUGUUUUCCAGACUGACUAGAAAGAGGUAUGCCUUCCUUGAAAUCAGAUGGUUCAUCCAUAAAUGCCUUACAAUCAAAGUGGAACAAAGGCAAUCGAGGCAGAUUCGUCUCCCGCUGGCAUUUGGAAAUGGUUUCAUUUUUCUACUCGGAACAAAAAAAAAAGAGAUAGUUGCCUUUGUCUUGUGCAGGAAGUCUUACACACACCGAUGCCCUUUCAGCAACUAUUUUUUAAUAUAAAAAUGCUUAAUUGUUGCAAUACUUGUCAACUGAAAGUCAAGGAUUUUCGUCUUUUUUUUCUUUUCUCUAUCAAACCAUCUGUUUACUAAUUAACUGCCAUGUCCAAAAUGUGAUUCUCUUAUUUUUCAGUUUAUUUUUUCCGCUUCAAACUGGACUUCCAACGUCUGCGAUAUUUUGUAUGCCUUUUUAUUUGAUGUCCGUAACUUAAGACUUGGAUACUUGAUGAUUUUAUGUAUUUGAAAAAUGUGUACUAUUAUUAUUAGGUUGGCUAUUUAUACUAUCAAUGGAUGUGUGAUUUAGUACUGUGAGCGACAAAGUUGUACCUGUUCACCAACUUGUGAGAGUACAUUAAAUGAUACACUGAAAAAUC